AAUCGAGCUCUCAAGGUCUGCAAGAGGGCGCAGUAUUCGAGAAUUCGUUACUGGCGAGUGUUGACGUCACGACGCCUGCGCCAUCGUGCGGACGGCACUGCAGAAGCAGGCGAGUUCGCGAGUGUAUCGAUUUUACGAUCGUGUCUCGCGGUUAGUGCGUCCGUUUCCUUAGUUUUUAGUGGCCGUGCUCGUCGUACAUGGAUAAAACCGUGAAUGGGAUUAUUUACUGAGUGUUCCUCUCCGUACACCUGCUGAUUUGCAACUCGUAAUUCACCAUGACCAAGGAUAGAUUAGCAGCCCUCGUCGCAGCUCAGUCUGACGAUGACGAUGUGCCGGACGAGGUGUCCGUCAACGUGGGCCCACCUGAUGAUUUCAUGACGGAGUUCUUCGCGGAGGUGGAGGAGAUCCGCGAGAUGAUAGAUAAGAUCCAGACGAACGUCGAGGAGGUGAAGAAGAAGCACAGCGCGAUUCUAUCGGCGCCUCAGACCGACGAGAAAGUCAAAAUGGAACUGGAAGAUCUGAUGGCUGAUAUUAAGAAAAGUGCUAACAAAGUCAGGGCCAAGUUAAAGGUGAUAGAGCAGAAUAUCGAGCAGGAGGAACAGACAAAUAGAUCGUCGGCGGAUCUCAGGAUACGCAAGACUCAGCAUUCAACCCUCUCCAGGAAGUUUGUCGAGGUGAUGACGGAAUACAAUCGGACGCAAACCGAUUACAGGGAGCGAUGUAAGGGCAGGAUACAGCGACAGCUUGAGAUCACGGGAAGAACGACGACUAAUGAGGAACUCGAGGAAAUGCUGGAACAAGGAAAUCCGGCAGUUUUUACGCAGGGGAUCAUUAUGGAAACGCAACAAGCAAAACAGACCCUUGCCGAUAUCGAGGCGCGUCACGCGGACAUCAUCAAGCUGGAGAACUCCAUUAGAGAACUUCACGACAUGUUCAUGGACAUGGCGAUGCUAGUUGAGAGUCAGGGCGAAUUGGUGGACCGCAUUGAGUACUGCGUGACCCAAACUGGCGACCACGUAGGUCAGGCACGAGGUCAACUGAUCAUGGCCGAGGACUAUCAGAGGAAAGCUCGCAAGAAGAAGAUAAUGAUCAUGAUCUGCCUCGCCGUACUCGCCGUCAUCUUGGCAAGCUCCGUCACAAGUUACUUCAUGUAGGAAACGCCUCGCACAGCAAGACGAUUCCGAGACCUCGUGAGCUGCCAGGAAUUUCCGGCCGGAUCUGAACGUAAUCGAGAGCUUCGAUUGUCGGCUGCCGUAACAAUCGUCAUGAACAUCACGGAGCACAAGAUACAAAGAAGAAAGAAGAAGCAAAGCCAUCGGUCGUGGUCCACCUUGGGAACGCUCUCUUGGAUACACUUAAUUAAUUUAUAAAAUAUCAACACAACAAGAAUGGCAGGAAGGCGAAGACGCGUUUCGGGGUACAGAUGUCAGAGAUAAGGGUCAAGGGGGAAGGAAUGAUAAGGGGACGAAGAAUGGACGAUGUAAACGGCGCCGAUUAACGAAGCGAAUCGCACUAUCAUUUGCCAUUGCUAUUCGUUGCGGAGGGAAAGGCCGAACGUGCGAGGUAGAUAGAAAAUGAGGGGUAAUGAAUAUACGUUAAGGGAAGGCUGGAAGAAAUGAAAUCGAGGCUAGACGCAUCCUUGCGGCGUCCUUUACCGUCAGAGCGUUAGUCAUUAACCUAGCGAUUAGUCGAGUUUCGUUGAGGAUAUUUUGUAUUGAGCGUAGCUUGCGAGCUUCGACAGAUUUAGCGUUCGCGUGCGAAAGAUCAUAGCUUAGUCUAGGAGGAGUGAUAGCGACGGAAGGAUAAAUAAAAGGGGGAGUAAAAAUAGGUGAACAUAUGGGUGUGAGGGGGUGGACUCGUCGUGACGGUGACUAUGACGACGUAACUUGGACUGGGUUAUAAUAAAAGACGUAUUUGUUUGACAUGUCCGUCAGAUGGCACAGGAUUGUUUGCGAGGGACGGUGACGUUUGAUGAUCAAUAAUGAGACACGAUAGAGGGACGAUUGUGAUCGGGAGAUGAUUAUAAUAAGAACAGGGAGAGAGUUACGUUAGAUGAUUUAAUUAUAAAUUAAUGGAACGGCGUGAGAAGCAUGGCCUCGGCCGAUAUGGCGCUGGCGACGACGCAGGUCGCGCGAAUGGGUUGACGCGUGGGAGAGAGAGAGAGAGAAUAAACCAUUUUGCUGCAGCAAUAAUACUCUUAUAAUAAUAGGUGUUACGAAUAAUCGUGUUGUAAAGCCGAUUAAAGGGGGAUAAAACGAUUUUAACGUUACGUGGGUGAGUGCUUUUUGCGUCUCGUGCAUUUAAUACGCGCCCAUACUCCGUUGCGUUGUCCCACGUACCCGUUUUACAGCAGUGCGAGCCGUUUGACGAGACGCGCAUGCGCGCACGUCCCGUUCAUUCCGUAGAGGGCGAUGCGCGCGCAGCCGCUUUAAGUCAAAGCGGCGAACGAGAGUCGUUCAUUGGUAAUAAGGACCGAUGGCUGGAUUAAUAGGGAACGAUAAUGAUAGUACGAUAAGGCACGGUUCAAUAGGAGAAUUUACACGGGACGGUAUGUAACGUGAAAGGGGACGACGUUACGAUUCUGUUGAUUAUUAUAAUUAUAUUAACGUUGAAGAAGGCAAAUGCGAUUCAGAUGAUUAUGAGUUACUGUUUAGGAAAAAAGAAAUAUGGCGAGACGAAGGUUAUGUCAGAGGGAGUGAAAACGAGAGGCACGGGAUAUGGAGAUAUAAUAAUGCUAUGAUAUUAAUGAUUAAUUAUAAUUAAUAAAGGAUAAAGGCGAGAGUACUCGUACGUCGCCGAAACAUUACGUGGACGACAUACGAUAUUUCUGCGUUGAUCAUUGCAUUGUACAGAAAGUGUAACUGUUAGCCUAGGUAGCUACGUUAUUAUCUAAUAUUAAUACCCCCGAACCUUUAAUCCGACGUACGAUUAAUUGCUAAUCGGUUUAUGAGUAUAUUCCUGUCACGGAGUUAGGGCAGUCUCUCGGUAGGACACUCGCGAACUAUUGUAUUUGACUACUUAAUGGGAUUACGUGUAGAGAGUGCCGAGUUAAACUGGCAGAUGCGAGGAGAGGACGAGGCGAGAGAUGGAGAAAGAAAAAGAUGAGACAGAGAGAAAACUAAAAAAUAUAUAUAUAUAUAUAUAUAUCACAUUGAUAUAUAUGUAUAUAUUAAUUUAUACGUACGUGAGUGCGCGCCAAACAAUGUUAUUAACAAUAUUGCGGAUGAGCCUUGAUUGCGAUUCCGUCGAGAAAGUAAGAAAGUCACACGUGCGCAUGCGCACA